AUGAUCCAGGCCGCCUGCGCCUGCGGCAGCACCCACGAGGUCACUGCUUUCAAGGCGGGCCGGCUCUCGCGCAGGUCGCUGCUGGCCGGAGCUGGCGGUGCCCUGUUCUCCGGGCUGGUUGCUUCCCAGACUGCUUUAACCGCUGGUUCGUCGGCUGCGGCCAGGCCGGGCAUCAUCGAUGUUCACCACCAUGUGUCGCCGCCAUCCUUCAUCAGGGAGAUCGUCGCGCAGGGCGCGGGCGAACGCCCGGUUGUCGGCUGGACACUCGAGAAAUCGCUGGAAGACAUGGACAGGGCAGGCGUUGCCACAUCCAUCACGUCCAUCACCACUCCGGAUUUCAUCCCGGUGUCAUUGGGUGCCGUGUUUGAUGCGGGUUUUGCAGUAGGCCCAUCUGUGCCGGCCAGCGUCAAAAACAUGACGGACUUCUUCAACUGGUGCAAGGCAAACCCCGGUGCGGCCAAUUUUGGUUCACCCGCUACGGCAUCGACGCUUCAUUUUGUCGGCAGCAUGGCUGCGCGCGCCGCAGGUGUCGAGUUGACCCACGUGCCUUUCCGGGGAACGACACCUGCCAUCCUGGACAUGAUCGGUGGUCAGAUCGCUGCGGUGGUUGCACCUGUUGGCGACUUCAUGCCUUUUCUCGACGGUGGCAAAUGCCGCAUUCUCGCGACGACAGGUGCAAAAAGAAACCGGUUUGUGGCCAAUGUGCCCACCUUUGUAGAGCAGGGCUACAAGGACAUCGUCAUCAACGACUGGUUCGCAUUUUUUGUGCCCGCCAAAACACCGCAGGCCCAUGUGCAGCGCCUGAAUGCGGCCAUCAAGCGGGCGAUGGAAACCCCCGCCGUCGUCAAGGCGCUGGAAGACCGGGGCCUGGAGCCGCGCUGGUCAACGUCGGCGGACCUGGCUGCACGUCUGAAGGCCGACAUGCAGAAGUGGCAGCCCAUCGCCAGGUCUUUCAAUUUCACGGUUGAGAGUUGA